CUGAGCCGUAAACAAGACAACAGUCCUCCUUUCUGUAAUUCAAGCAGAGACCGAGUAGCAGAAAAAAUAAUUCUAUUUCCUUUCUGUUUUGAAAAUCUUGACAGCAAUUUUUCGCAAAUAUUGAGGUUCAAUUUCAGAUGAGGACGGUAGUGAUUGAUUUAACUUUAUCAACAUUUAAUUGAAAUGCUUUUAAGGUAUUCUUCUUCUUCAGUCACUCUUUCUCAUUCCAUUUUUUAUCAGUUUCACCGCAAACAAUCACUCAAUACUUCUUCACAAAUUAUUAGAUGGAGACCUAGAGAUGAAUACAAGCUUAACCAAUCUGAAAUUGUUGAUAGAAUCACUAGAAUCUUAGUUCUUGAACGAAUUAAUCUUAUAAAUAGACUCUAUUUCGAUUUUUCGGAUGAAAUUCUUGACGCAGUUCUUUGUAAGUUAAGGUUCAAUCCAAAUGCAUGUUUAGGGUUUUUUAAAUUAGCUACUAAACAGCAGAGGUUUAGACCUAAUGUGAAAUCUUAUUGUAAGAUUGUUCACAUUUUGUCUAGAGCUAGAAUGUUUGAUGAAGCUAAGGUUUAUUUGAAUGAAUUAAUUGGGAUUCGUAAACUUGGUUCUUCGGGUUCUUUGGUUUUUGAUGAAUUAGUGAGGGUUUAUAGGGAUUUCUCAUUUGCGCCGGUUGUGUUUGAUAUGGUUUUGAAAAUGUAUGUGGAGAAAGGGAUGGUAGAAAAUGCACUGAUUGUGUUUGAUAAUAUGGGGAAGUUUGGGUGUAAAGCUAGUUUGAGAUCUUGUAAUAGUCUUUUGAGUAAUUUAGUUAGGAAAGGUGACAGUCGGGUUGCUGUUGUUGUUUAUGAUCAGAUGGUUAGGGCUGGAACUGUGCCAGAUGUUUUCACUUUGACAAUUCUGGUGAAAGCAUACUGUAAAGACCGGGGAGUGCAUAAAGCUGUGGAAUUUGUUAGAGAGAUGGAGUACAUGGGUUAUGAACCUAAUAUUGCGACAUACAAUUCUUUGAUCAAUGGGUUUGUUGACAUAGGAGAUAUGGAAGCUGCAUGGGGAGUUAUGAAAUGCAUGUCUGAUAGGGAUAUAUCAUGUAAUGUAAUUACUUAUACUGCAUUGAUGAAAGGCUAUUGCAAACAAGGUAAGAUGCAUGAAGCGGAGAAAAUACUGAAUGACAUGAAGGAAUCUUCCUUGGUUGCUGAUGAACUUGUUUAUGGUGUAUUGGUGGAUGGGUACUGUCGAAUAGGUAAAAUGGAUAAUGCUGUUAGGAUUCGAGAUGAGAUGUUGAGUGCAGGACUGCGAGUGAACUUAACCAUUUGCAAUUCCCUUAUUGAUGGUUACUGCAAGUCUGAGCAGCUCGACGAAGCGGAACGCGUAUUUAUGGGUAUGAAGUUGUGGGGUUUGAAGCCAGAUUCUUAUAGCUAUAACACUCUUGUAAAUGGGUACUGCAGAGGAGGUCAUAUUAGCAAGGCAUUUGAGCUUUCUAGUGAGAUGGAUCAGGAAGGAUAUGUACCCACUGUUGUCACGUAUAAUACACUUCUGAAAGGUUUAUGCUAUGGUGGUUCCUUUGAUGAUGCUUCACACCUUUGGUGUUUGAUGUUGAAAAGAGGUGUGGCACCUAACGAGAGAAGUUAUAGCACUUUACUAGAUGGUACUUUCAAGGUAGGUGAUUACGAGGGGGCGUUGAAGUUGUGGAAAGACAUUCUUGCAAGGGGUUUUACUAAGACCACGAUUACCUUCAAUACAAUGAUUAAUGGAUUAUGUAAGUUGGGAAAGAUGGAAGAAGCGGAGGACAUAUUAUUGAAGAUGAAAGAGCUAGGUGGUAUACCUGAUGAUAUAACUUAUAAAACCCUGAGUGAUGGUUACUGUAAAAGUGGAGAUCUUGACAAGGCUUUUCAAGUUAAGAGGCAGAUGGAAAUGGAAGGAAUUUCUUCUUCUGUUGAAUUGUACAACUCUCUUAUUAGCGGACUUUUUACAUCGAGGAGACUCGAUAGAGUAAAUGAUCUUCUGGUAGAGAUGAAUGCAACUGGUUUGACCCCAAAUAUUGUGACAUAUGGAGCUCUUAUUAGUGGUUGGUGUAAAGAAAGAAAACUAGAUAAAGCUUACAGGUUGUAUAUGGAAAUGAGAAAGAAUGGUUUAACCCCAAAUAUAGUGAUAUGCAGCACGCUAAUCAGUAGCCUUUAUAGGCUUGGAAGCAUGGAUAAAGCCAAUUUUCUGUUGCAGAAGAUUCUGGAUAUUAAUCUUUUUUCAGGUUUAGAAAAUCUUUCCACUUCCUGUGGAGGUGAUCAUGCUUUCAGAGAAAUCGCAGAGUCCCUAAAUGAAACUGCAAAGAGAUAUCUUCUUCCCAAUGACAUUGUAUACAACAUAGCUAUUGCUGGGCUUUGCAAGUCUAGGAAGGUGCAAGAUGCGAGAAGGCUGUUCUCAACUUUAUUGCUCAGAGGCUUUGUCCCAGAUAAUUUCACAUACUGUACCCUCAUCCAUGGUUGUGCGGCUGCAGGUAAUGUGAAUGAAGCCUUUGACAUAAGAGAUGAGAUGUUGGCAAAGCAUGUAAACCCAAACAUUACAACAUAUAAUUCUCUUAUAAAUGGGUUGUGCAAGUCUGGAAACCUGGAAAGAGCAGUUAGACUUUUCCAUAAAUUAGGCUCAAAAGGGUUGGCUCCUAAUGUUAUUACAUAUAAUACACUGAUUGAUGGAUACUGCAAGGUGGGUCAGAUGAGUGAAGCACUUAAGUUGAAAGAUAAAAUGAUCGAAGGAGGCAUUGCUCCUUCAGUUGUUACGUUUUCAGUUUUGAUUAGUGGUUUAUGCAAGCAAGGGGAUACAGAUGCAUCCAUGGAACUCCUGGAUCAAAUGACUGAGGCGGGCAUAGACCCUACUAUUGUUACAUAUUCGAAAAUAGUUCAAGGCCAUAUUACAGGACGGAAACAUAUUUCCCAGCUUUAUAAUGAGGUGCAUCCUAGGGGACUAUCCUCUGACAGGGGUUCUUCAACAGAAAUAGGUCUUCCAGAGCCCUUACGUGACAGAGUUAUGCCAGAUGCCUUUGUCAUGUCUGAAGCUGUGUGUUGAUUCAUUCUUUGCAACAUGUCUCUGUCAAAGGACUGCUUCAGUAAAUUGGUUCUGUUAACGGAAUGUGCUGGAUGCAAACCGUUCCUUGUACAUAUUCAUCCCUUGCUCCUCGAAAGUUGUAAUUGAUGGAGUUUGGACCUCUAAACUCAGAGUUUUUUGGUUCAAGACCAGAUAAUAGCGAGAUAAUGGCUUCUGACUCAUGUAUUUGGUCUCCUAUAAUGAAAGGGUCCUCGGUCAUUCUUCCAAAAUAUCGUCCGUCGGAAGCCUGUUUGGAGAAAAUGCAUUGAUAAAUCACAUAGCUGGGGCUACUUGGAUGUAAAUAGCAGCUGGUUCUCUUACCCCAACUUCUUGAAUAUUUCCCCAGGCACUAUCCUGUGUAUGUCUGCAUCAGAGGGAUUCGAGAUCGAACCAAUAAGUGCGUGUCUACUUAUUCUGAUGUUUGCGCUGAAAACAUGGAUUAUUAUUAAAUCGCACAAUAUUUAACUAGCUCCAUGAAGGAAUCUCACCAUGAACUUCCCUUAAAUACACACAAGUUCAUAUUAAUCUUAAGAAGAAUCUGAUGAGAUGGUGGUGGUGGUUAUGCAGUUCACAAGAAUGUUCCCACCACGGGAUGUUCAGACUUCAGAUCUUCUCCUUCACCUUAGAAAUCUUUUAGAGGUGUCCUACCAGGAUAGUUCUUUCCCGAUCAAUAAUGAAUAUAUCCUUAUAAUGUCAAAGAAUUGAUGAAUGUAUUUGACAAAGAAAAGAAGAGUAUUAAUCAAUGACCUGUGUAUUUGUUUGUUAGAGUUAGAGACAUACAAUAUACAUCCAUGAUUUAGGAAGAAACCAAUGGCUAGAAAAUUACAUUCUUACAUGAGACAGAAACUUCCCAUCAACAUUUAAUGUCAGAUAGAAGCAGUCAGAUAAGAUUCCUAAUUGAAAAUUUAGUAUUGUUUUAGUGUAUACUUUAGUUUUGUAUUUUGUCUUGCUUACUGUCUAAUUCGAGGUAUCUAAAACAAAUUGAUAGGCAUUUUGAUUCAUAUGCAUAUAUGCCUAUAAUGUAUAGUCACUGUUCUCUUUGUUUAUUAUCACACUUGCAUUCCAGCUGCACAAAAAAAAAAUAGCUGUUUCGAAAAAAUAAUAAAAAUAAAAAUAAAAAUAAAUAUAAAUGAAUAAUAGCACCUAUUAUUACUAGUUAACCUUUUGAGGUAAACACUCUAACAACCGGUGGUGCUAAAUCAACCCUUCCUAUCACUGUAAAAGGAAAGGGAGAGAUGGCCAUCGUCACCAAU